UUGUCCAGGCGGUGAAGAGAGAAACUCGGCUGCAGCUUCCGCGUUGACUGCGGCGGGCUGUGAGCAGGAGAAUGAGCCACUCUGAAUGUAAUCAUUUCCACACAUCUAAGCGACCCGCAUGGAUUCUAACAUGCAUAUACAUAGUUGGGUUCAUGGACCUCUUUGGGGUCAGUAUGAUCAUCCCUCUAUUGAGUCAUCACGUGAAGGCAUUAGGAGCAAGCCCGAUAGUCUCCGGAGUAGUGGGGUCUACUUAUGGGGCUUUACAGCUUUUCUCCAGCACUUUAGUAGGCAGCUGGAGUGAUGUAGUGGGGAGGCGCUCUUCUUUACUGACCUGCCUUCUGCUCAGUGCUUUCGGAUACGGCCUUCUGGGGAUGUCCACUUCUGUUGCCCUGUUUGUGCUGGCCCGAAUACCCGUGGGGCUUUUUAAACACUCCUUGUCCAUUUGCCGAGCUCUUCUGUCAGAUGUAGUGUCGGAGACAGAGCGCCCCCUGGUGAUGGGUCACUUUAAUGCAGCUUCCAGUGUGGGAUUCAUCCUGGGCCCAGUGGUAGGAGGCUACCUCACUGAACAUGAGGGAGGAUUUUAUAUGUCCUCCUUUGCCUGUGCAGCUAUCUUCCUCCUUAAUGCAGGUUUGGUCUGGAUGUUGCCAUGGAAUGAGAUUUUAAACCACCGUUUCGAUGCUAACAGGAACAGUAAAAGCAGACAGUCCUAUGACGGGUUGAGAAACUGCGAUGGGAAACAUCACGGUUGUCCUUCCACCACUAAAACCUGUCACUCUGCUGUAUCUCAGUGCAAGGACUGGGGUAAUAUGGCUCUACACCAGCUGACCUCAGUAGGAGCACAAAUCCGCAUGGUGGCUUCUUCUGACAUGUGGGAUGUAUUCCUGGUGCGUCUGCUAAUGGCGCUGGCAAUCAUGCUUUACCACAGUAACUUCUCUCUGGCCAUGGAAGAGCGCUUUCAUUUGAAACCUAAAGUGACAGGCUACAUAAUCAGCUACAGCAGCAUGCUGGGUGCACUGGCUGGGUGCCUGGUGGGCCCCAUGACUCGUCUGUACAAAGGCAAUAUGUCUGCCCUGCUGCUGCACUCCACAGCAUUCACAUGCUCAUUGAUCUUCCUGUAUGCCGCAGCAGGCAGCGUCUGGCACGUGCUGCUCUCCUCCACAUUCUUUGCCAUCUCUACCAGCGUGGGACGCACCUGCAUUACAGACCUGGAACUGCAGCGUGGAGGCAAUGCGAGGGCCAGUGGCACCCUGAUUGGUGCAGCACAGUCAGUGACUGCAGUGGGGCGCAUAUUGGCCCCGCUGCUUUCGGGCCUGACUCAGGAAAUCAGCCCAUGUGGGCCACCAAGCCUUGGCGUGCUGCUGGCUCUCACAGCUCUGGUGCUAGUGCAUGUUAGGACUCCAAAGUGGGCUAAGAUAAAGGGCAACAAUGCCAAAGAGUGAUUGGACAGAGGUUCAAAGCCACACAGAUUUAAGAGAACAAGGGGCAUUGUCGUGGCAGCUGUUGAAAUCGGAAGUUAUCGGAGUAUGAAAUGAGUAGGUUUUUGGAAGUGUAUUGCAGGAGACGCGAUCGGCAGCAGCGUAGCCACGGAUGCCUCUAUACACACACCAGGAGGACGUACCAGACCAGAGGAAGACUCUAGGACAGAUUCAUAUCUGAUACGACUACUUACAGAACUUGUUUUGAGUGUUUAUUUUGAGUGCUGGUGACGUAAGUCUUAUAGAAGAUGGAAAUUCUGUGCAUAAGGUCUGUUUCUAGUAGCUGCUCCUUUUAGUUACUAAUAAGUUUAAAUUGAUCUUUUUUUUAACAACAGAAAACCCAAGUGUUCAUAUAUUUUUUAGCAAGUAAUAGUACAGUGCUGCAGCAGUUAGCAUUGCUACCUCAUGGUUCCAGGGUUUGUUCUUGAGCUCGGGUUACUGUCUCUGAAGUUUCGCAUGGCCUUCACGUUUCCAUGGUGAUUUCCUCUUGGUUUCCUCCCACCUCUAAAAAAUAGGUGUUUGCACAAGGUGCCAGGUGAUGGACCGGAUUUCUGCCUUUGCCCAGUUUUCCUGGCAUAGGCUCUGGAUCCACUAUGACCCUGACCAGGAUAAAGCAGCUACUGAUGAUCAAUAAAUGAAUGAAUGUUG